GUGGUGAUUGAAUAGCUAGGAGGCUAAUGUAAAUAGUGUGUUCAUGCGCUUCCCUACGCCAAAAAUACGCUGUCAAGCGCGGGUUCAUUUCGGAAUAUGUUACGUGGAUGUUACUUAAUGAUUAAACUGUGUUCAGUCCGUAUUUUGUCGUCUGUAAACAUUCACCUAUUUAGCAUCGAUGCUAGGUUGCUAAUAACAGAACACUGUCCGAUUACUCACAGCUGAGUGAACGCUACCCCUAUACCGUGACCCAUGGCUUUCUAUGAAGUCUAUUCACACCCUGCUUUGAUUCGGUAUAAGACGAGUGUCUGUACUAAAGCUAGUUUGUUUUUGGUAGCUGUUCUCUGCCUCACCUACAUCGCACCACUGCUGGUAGCCUACAGGAGCCAAGGUUUCUGGUUAAAAAGAAGCACCUAUGAGGAACAGCCGGUUGUGAGGUUCCAGUAUGAAUCUCUGCUGGUGGCAGGCACCAGUACUAAGGGAGACUAUGUCGCCUGGAGCACCUUCCCCCAUCUCAACAACAUGCUUGGGGCCAACCUUCGCAUCCCUGCUGUCUCUGUGAGAGAAGAGGACCAGAACCAGGACGGCAAGUUGGACCGCCUGAUUUUUCAGCUGCAGCUUCCUCUAAAACCUGAGGAGCAGGUGUACAGUGUCCAGCUGCUGCUCACCUUCAGCUACCAGCUCUUUCGGAUGUCCACAGUGGCAAUGCAGAGCCUGGCUUAUGUGCAGCACUCCUCUUCUGUCCCUGGCGCUAAGCUGUUCAUCAGUGGAGAUCUGAGGCUGCAGCAGAGGACGCCUCUGCCUCAUCGCGGACUGUACGACAUUUACAACGUGUCUGUGAUCGACGGCUCCAGCCCCUUUGCCAGCACGUACGAGCUUGACAACAUAAUAAGGAGCUACCAGGAGAGAAACUUGACCACAGUACUGUCCUGUCCUACGCCGGUCUGGACUGUGGGACGAGCCGCUGGUUCUCCCUUCCAGCUCAACGCAGAGAUCCGCUAUCCUAUGGAGGUCAUUAGCUAUCGUCCUGGUUUCUGGGAAACCAUCAAAUUUGCCUGGAUCCAGUAUGUCAGUGUCCUCCUCAUCUUCCUCUGGGUCUUUGAACGCAUCCAGAAGUUUGUUUUCCAGAACCAGGUUCUUACUACUGUACCGAUCCCAGUUGGAAAACCUCACAUGUCUUGAUGCAGCGGUAUUGGUUUAAACUCCAGGUUGAUUUUUACUAUACAUGGCUCACCAAC